AGUCCUAACUCAGUAGCUAUGUAAGCACUGAGCGAAGAUGGAGUCACAGGGUAAACUGGGCUUGCUUCCCACAGGGAGGGCUGGGAGUUGAGCAGGAAGGAAGGCCUGUUUGUCAGUGCCUUGUAUGCAACUAUGUCUGAGUAGGCAGUCGGCGACACAAUGUCUCCCUUGUACACGGUAACUGUCUUAGUGAGUGCUCAGAUAUGUGAUGAAAAAGUGUUUGGUGGAGUGUGACGAUAUGAACCGCUUUGACCGAUCAGACAGGAAUGUUCGGCAGUCUCAGGAGGGAUUUUGGAAAAGGCCGACCCAGAGGUGGAGUGGACAGGAACAUUACCACCUCAGCCAUCCUGACCACUAUCAUCACCACGGGAAAAGUGACUUGAGCAGAGGCUCUCCCUAUAGAGAAUCUCCUUUGGGACAUUUUGAAAGCUAUGGAGGGACCCCCUUUUUCCAGGCUCAGAAGAUGUUUGUAGAUGUACCCGAAAAUACAGUGAUACUGGAUGAGAUGACCCUCCGGCACAUGGUCCAGGAUUGCACUGCUGUCAAAACCCAGUUACUCAAACUGAAACGUCUGCUGCAUCAGCAUGAUGGAAGUGGUUCAUUGCAUGAUAUCCAACUAUCAUUGCCAUCCAGUCCAGAACCAGAGGAUGGUGAUCAAAUAUAUAAGAAUGAAGAUUUAUUAAAUGAAAUAAAACAACUUAAAGAGGAAAUAAAGAAAAAAGAUGAAAAAAUUCAACUAUUAGAACAUCAGCUUGCAACUCAGUGUAACUGCCACCAAAAAUCUAAAGAGGAAAAAUGCACAUAUGCUGAUAAAUAUACCCAAACACCCUGGAGAAAAAUUCCUCCUCAAGUACUACAGCCUUCCAGCAGCCUUCCCAGACUCACAGACCACGCCCAGGGAAAACUAAUAAAGCCACAACGUAUCGAGGCCCUCAGUGAAUGCACAGUCCAGGGCAUAGCUCAGGGUGAGGCUCGUCUGGAUGAGAGCUGUACGCACGGCUUGCCGCAAGAAAGCAAGCACGGUCUGGGAGACCGGCCUUGUUCGUCAGGCCUGCAGUUCACUACAGAUGUGGCAAAGAGUACCCCUUCUGAAGCAGACUUGAACAUGACCACGAAUGCUCAAGAGCCUUAUCAUUUGGCGGAUAAUCAAAUUAGUGACGUGCAGUUUGUACCCGCUUCUCUUCAGGCGCUUCCCCAGUCAAGAACAGUAGACCAGGCUACGAGAGUUGGAAGAAAUCAGUCUUCACCGGAGGACCACGUGUCACAGCCCAAGUCCUUGCAGCUUUUGAAGCCAUCCGUCUUGAAUUCUUUGGUACCUCCUCCAGUUUCUGAAUCAUCCUCAAGUAGGACUCCCACUUGUAACAAGUCACCAAUAAUCAUACCAUGUAACUCAGCUAAACUUCAGCCAACAUCUAGUCAAACAAGUCUUGCAAAUAAUCCAAAUCCAAAAGCAUCUAAGCUCCGCCCCCCUUCUGGCUCUUUCAAACAAAAACAAAUAAGCAACCCCCGACUAGAGCCUCAAAACUUCCAGGCCAAGACGAGCAUCCCAAGGCCACUAACAAGAAAGAAAGAAAUCAUGCAGAAUCCGAAUGGCAAUUUGAAUUCUGGGGAUUGUUUGGCUUCUACACGAUAUUCUCGUCUUCCUAAACCAAAGAUACAUUAACUACCUAGCCAUCACCUGCCAAUUUGUUUUUUUAAAAACAAUCUGUUCUGUAAUAGCUUUAUGUGCUAUUUGCUACCAUGAUGGAGGUUCCAUUGAAAGCUUGCAAAUCUUAAAAUUAAAAUGUGGAAGCUUCUACUAGU